UUUGACGGCACCAUGGGAAGAAAUACAGUCUCCUUCCAGGAACGAGGCAACUUGUGUUUAGAUUUGAACGACAGCUUGUCAAGCUCAUGGUCACAGCAGAAUGAGAGGAGUAUCUGAUGCAACACCAAUUUAUUUAUACUUUUGAAUGAAAACCUGAUCCCUCAGUGGAAUACAUCAUCGGAUGGGACUUUGUUUUUUCUGCACUGGAUAUUGUUUGUCGUUCUGAAUUGUACUGGGAUUGUACAUUUCCUGUUCACUCCAAAAUGGGAACCAUAUUUAUUCUUGGGUUCAGAAUUUCAUCGGAGAUGGAUCUUGUAAAAGGAAAGGAGGGAUAUCAUUGAUUAUUCAGCCAUUAACUCCGUUCAGUUGUAUUUGAUCGUAAACUGAUUUGAGGAUAGACAUGUAGACACUGACAUUAAAAAGUUUGAUUAUGGAAUGAUGGGCUGGUAUUUAAACAUCUUUGGCUCUUGUGAAAAAAACACCAUAGGAGCUCUUUAAGGAGGAAGUGAACAGGUACUGCUGAGGACUGAUGGUCAGCUGGUCAUUUCUGGAGUAAAUCCUCGUCGAUAUACGAUGGAUAAGGUCGAGCAAAUCCUGACCGAGUUCAGGCUGACGAAAGAAGAACUUAAGGAGAUCAUGAACAGGAUGCAGAGGGAGAUGGAACGAGGUCUUCGUAUAGAGACUCACGAGGAGGCAAGCGUCAAAAUGCUUCCCACAUAUGUCUGUUCCACCCCUGAGGGGUCAGAGGUGGGAGACUUCUUAGCUCUGGAUCUGGGAGGCACAAACUUCCGGGUGAUGCUGGUGAAGGUGGGUGCAGACGAGGAGAGGAAUUGGAAGGUAGAGACGAAGAACCAGAUGUACUCGAUUCCUGAAGAUGCCAUGACUGGGACUGCUGAGAUGCUGUUUGACUACAUAGCAGAGUGCAUGUCUGACUUCCUGGACAAACACCACAUCAAACACAAGAAGCUUCCACUGGGCUUCACCUUCUCGUUUCCCGUCCGUCAUGAGGACAUUGACAAGGGAAUUCUGCUGAACUGGACCAAAGGUUUCAAGGCGUCUGGUGCAGAAGGAAACAACGUUGUGGGUUUACUCCGAGAUGCUAUCAAAAGACGAGGAGACUUUGAGAUGGACGUGGUUGCCAUGGUAAAUGACACUGUUGCCACCAUGAUUUCCUGUUAUUAUGAGGACCGCAGCUGUGAAGUGGGCAUGAUUGUCGGCACUGGUUGUAACGCCUGUUACAUGGAGGAGAUGAGCACGGUCGAGCUGGUCGAGGGCGAGGAGGGCCGGAUGUGUGUCAACACAGAGUGGGGGGCGUUCGGAGACAACGGGGAGCUGGAGGACUACAGACUGGAAUACGACAGGGUGGUUGACGAGACCUCGAUUAACCCCGGCCAGCAGCUAUAUGAGAAGCUGAUCAGUGGGAAGUACAUGGGAGAGCUGGUGAGGCUGGUCCUGAUGAAGUUGGUGAACGAGGACCUGCUCUUCAACGGAGAAGCUUCAGAGAUGCUGAAGACCCGAGGCUGCUUCGAGACGCGCUACGUCUCGCAAGUGGAGAGUGACAGCGGUGAUGGGAAGCAGAUCUACAACAUCCUGACGUCGCUGGGCGUUCUUCCUUCUGAACUGGACUGUGAUAUCGUCCGUCUGGUCUGCGAGAGCGUCUCGACUCGCUCCGCCCACUUCUGCGGAGCUGGACUUGCGGGGGUCAUCAACCUGAUGAGGCAGAGACGCAGCCAGGAGGUGCUGAAGAUCACGGUGGGAGUGGACGGCUCAGUCUACAAGCUCCACCCAAGUUUCCGUGACAGGUUCCAUAAGAUAGUCUGGGAGCUGACGCCGCACUGUGAGAUCACCUUCAUCCAAUCGGAGGAAGGCAGCGGUCGAGGAGCUGCCCUAAUCUCAGCCGUGGCCUGCAAGAUGGCCGACUGCAUGCUGACACACUGAUGGCAACUGAAACAGCCUGAACUGACAACUGAGAGUCACAUUCCCGCGCUGCGUCAGAGGAGUUGAACCAGAGUUCCAAUUUUCAAAGCCUGCUGCUGUAAACCGUAUGGACAAUUGUCGCAUUCUAACUGUUCCUCACAGUGGUGUGGUGGCUAUCGUGCAGCUAUUGUUAAGACUGAACUUUAGAACCAUCAUGAAGCUACCUGAUGUACAAGCAACGCAUCA